GCACCAGCCUGUGUAUAGUCAGUGUGUAACAGGAAACAAUGCUUGCCCCGCCUGCUGGUAGGAAGGGACUGGGCUGGGCCAGUGGGCUGACCCUCCAUUCUGUUUAGUAUUGCUGGGGAGAGAGGUUGGGGAUUUGCAGAGCUCCUGGCUGCAGCAGCUUGUCAAGGGAUAAGUAAAGACAGGAGUGUGGUAAGUAAAGAUGGCAGAAGCUCACCAGGCCGUAGCCUUCCAGUUUACAGUAACCCCAGAUGGAAUUGACCUAAGAUUAAGUCAUGAAGCUCUGAGACAGAUCUAUCUCUCCGGCCUCCACUCCUGGAAGAAGAAGUUCAUUAGAUUUAAGAAUGGAAUCCUCACAGGCGUCUUCCCAUCCAGCCCCUCCAGCUGGUUAGUCGUGGUGGUUGGUGUGACCUCUGCGUCAAUGUAUACCAAAGUGGACCCAUCUUUCGGUUUAAUAGAGAAAAUAAACCAGACGAUUGCUACAACUGGGUACAUGACCAGCCAGACUCAGAAGAUUGUCAGUGGUGUAAUCUUUGGAACCGGCCUAUGGGUGGCCCUUAUAGCAACAAUGCGCUGUUCCCUAAAAAAGCUUCUGUCCUAUCACGGAUGGAUGUUUGAGGAGCAUGGAAAACUCUCCACCUCUACCAGGAUAUGGAUGGGAAUGGUGAAAUUGUUCUCUGGUCGGAAGCCUAUGCUGUUCAGUUUCCAAGCGUGUCUCCCUCAUCUCCCUGUACCACCUGUAAAGGACACAAUGAAAAGGUACUUGGACUCUGUUAAGCCACUGAUGGAUGAUCAGCAGUAUAGCAGGAUGGAGGGUCUUGCCAAAGAUUUUGCCAUUAACUUAGGACCAAGACUUCAGUGGUACCUGAAGCUGAAAUCAUGGUGGGCUACUAACUAUGUGAGUGACUGGUGGGAAGAGUACAUCUACCUCAGAGGCCGUGGGCCAAUCAUGGUUAACAGUAAUUACUAUGCAAUGGAUUACCUGUAUGUGUUGCCAACGCAUAUACAAGCUGCAAGAGCUGGAAACGCCAUCCACGCCCUUCUGCUCUACCGGCGAAAACUGGACAGAGAAGAAAUUAAACCGAUUCAGCUGAUGGGAUCCACUGUUCCACUAUGCUCAGCUCAGUGGGAAAGAAUGUUUAAUACUUCCCGAAUCCCUGGAGAAGAGACAGAUACCUUACAACAUGUAAAGGACAGCAAGCACAUUGUUGUCUACCACAAAGGACGUUACUUCAAAGUGUGGCUGUACCAUGAUGGACGGCUGCUGAAGCCAAGAGAGAUCGAACAGCAAAUGCAACGAAUUCUUGACGAUAAAUCUGAACCUCAGCCUGGGGAGGAAAAGCUGGCAUCGCUCACUGCCGGAGACAGGGUGCCGUGGGCCAAUGCUCGCAGAACUUACUUUGGAAACGGAAAGAACAAGCAGAGCCUGGAUGCCGUGGAGAAAGCUGCUUUCUUUGUAACACUAGAUGAGACUGAGCAAGGAUACAACAAGGAAGACCCAGUAACGUCUCUCGACAAAUACGCCAAGUCCCUCUUGCAUGGAAAAUGCUACGACAGGUGGUUCGAUAAAACUAUAAGCUUCAUUGUUUUCAAGAACGGGAAGAUGGGAAUGAACUGUGAGCAUUCUUGGGCUGAUGCUCCGAUCCUUGGUCAUCUGUGGGAGUAUGUCAUGGCGACUGAUAAGUUUGACCUGAGGUACUCAGAGGAUGGACAUUGUUUAGGAGAUAUCCACCCUAGCAUCAUCUCUCCAAGCAGACUGCAGUGGGAUAUCCCAGAAGAGUGCCAAAACGUGAUUGAGAAUUCCUUGACUGUUGCCAAAACUCUUGCAGAUGAUGUUGACUUUCAUUCAUUCCCUUUUGAUGCUUUUGGCAAAGGGCUCAUCAAAAAAACAAGGACAAGCCCCGAUGCCUUUGUGCAGUUGGCUCUUCAGCUGGCACACUACCAGGACAAGGGCAAGUUUUGUCUGACCUACGAGGCUUCCAUGACCAGACUGUUCAGAGAAGGCAGGACUGAGACUGUCCGCUCCUGUACUGUUGAAUCCAGUGACUUUGUUCUGGCCAUGACUGAUCCCAAGCAAAAUAACGAAACUAGACUUAAAUUAUUCAAAGCUGCAGCAGAGAAACACCAGCAAAUGUACCGUCUGGCCAUGAUCGGGUCUGGAAUCGAUCGUCACCUCUUCUGUCUUUACGUUGUGUCAAAGUACCUGGGGGUGGACUCUCCCUUCCUUAAAGAGGUUCUGUCUGAGCCAUGGAGAUUGUCAACAAGCCAGACACCCCAGCAACAGGUUCACCUUUUCCAGUUAGAAAAGUUUCCAGAAAACGUUUCAAGCGGCGGUGGUUUUGGUCCUGUUGCUGACGAUGGGUACGGUGUGUCCUAUAUAAUUGUUGGUGAAAACCUGAUUAACUUCCACAUAUCAAGCAAAUUCUCCAGCCCUGAGACAGAUUCUCAUCGCUUUGGACAACACAUCAGACAAGCAAUUCUCGCCAUUAUGGGUUUAUUUAACAUCAGCACAAACAACUGUCAUAAGGGGAAGAAGUAAAAGACCCAAGAGACCAGAAAACCUUUCAAACCAGAUUCCUAGUGUUCAUAAUAACAGAUUGCAGCCGCCGUGACAGAACUAACGUUGUAGCCGCUGCUUCUAGUGACUGCAGACUCUCAUCCUUACCGUUUAGUUCCGUUACACUUCUGCCAGUUUAGUAGAUAUUUUUAUACCUUUUUAUGUUCCAAGGUCUGCAUUACGCAUAAAUACACUCUGUAUAGUUUCAAGUGCUGCUGGAAUGUCGUCCAAAUAUAUUACACAAGGGCUUGUUAUAUUUUGGAGCAUUAUACACAGCUGGGUAUAAUAUGCUCUCCAUUGAACAUUUGUGUUUAAGGGUUGUUGUUUUUUUUUUUUAUUUAGCCGCUAAUCUCUGGGUCCAGAACAUCAUCUCUAUCCACAAACAUGACCAUCUCCAUGCUAAUGAUUGUACUGUAUAUUCCACACUUAACCGUACAGCAGAACAUUAUGGUGUCUUGUAAAGAAUCAUAUGCAGAGGACAUAUCCCAAUCUACAUGUUGGAGUCAGCCUGGCCUAUGACGAAAUGUAAUCUUACUAUAAUAUACUGUAAUUGUUCUAGAACAAGUACUUGAAUUGAAUGACGUACAGACCUAAUGUAUGUAAUAUUUUAUAGCUUUAGUUUGCGGACAACUGAGUUAACUAAAGAUGGCAUCAGGUUAGCAGUUUUCAAUCUACAGCUGAUACUUGUACACCAUUGAAAGGUGCUUUACCUACUUGGCGCAACCAUUGUAAAACGACUGGGCACUAAACGUUACUGAGACUCCCAGACCGCACCAGGGUAUAGAUGGGAGGGGAGCCUGAGUUUGCAGAGUUCUCAUUGGCCAACUCCCUGCUCCACACUUUAUUCUCAUGGUUGUUCCAUCACUUCUCCGCCAGUGGGUGACGGGAGAAAAUAAAAUAACUGGACAAAAAAUUGACACUAGCAAAUAGCAUCAUUAUUAGACACAUGGGUGAUGCCCAAUGGGGUUUGGAUGGACCAUGCAUAUGAAAACUUUAUCCAUUCCAAAGUACGAAAAUGUCUGAUAACGUAGGGUGAAGACUUUGAACCGCAAAUGAUCUCCUGCCAGCCCGGUUGUCUGUGGCAUUAAAGCAGCUCCUCUGCCGCAAGCUUGAUUACAGUCAUCUAGAACUUUGCCCCCGGGUGUGUUUCUCUUAAACGUUUGUGCCAGAUUUGUACAUCACAUUCCUGUUUAUAUUGGGUUUUGCCGGAUCAUAUCAGUGACUCUUGAUGAACCGUCUCCUUACAUCGCUCAGGCACAGUGCGCCUCGGCUGUGAGACCGGGGAGUUUAUCGUGUGCCAGUGCCUUACGUAUUUAAAUAGAUCCACAGCAUAUAAAAUGUGAUGGGGUAAAGACUUACAUUAGUUCUAUAUGAGGAUAUUGUAGUUGUAUGAUUUACAGUCAUUAUCCCACUAACUGACAUAGUGGUUUAUGUAUAAGUGGUUGUUCUGAGAAAACUAGUAAGGACCUUCUCCGCAUAACACAGAGUAACCAAUAUUAAAGUGUUCAUAUACUGUACAUGUUUCUAGUUGGCAUUAUAUAGGAAGCACGCCACUUCUGUUGGUUGGUUGAUUGAAUGUAUAUAAGAGUACCUUCAAAAACAGUGGUGGGUGUAUAUAUUAAAGACUGACAGACUUUACACAUAGCUUAAGCUCUAUCACAGAAGUCAAACACAGGUUUAGUACAUAAUAUGUGCAUUAAGUUGAAGACGACUAUAUUUUCUGUUUCAUGAAAAAUAAAAUGAAUGUUGAUAGAAAAUUACUUUUUUUGGCUUGGUUAAGGUACAUUUCCCCAUAUAUUUACAAAUGUAUGAAGCUGUGUUCAUGAACAAUGCCUUUUUAAAGGAAAUCCCAGCCUUAAUUCUGUUAUUUCCUGUAGUGAUACGAUUAUUAUUAAAACCUUUAUUUAUAUAGCCCCAAAUUCUGUUGUAGAGUGCUGACCUUUAGAACCCUAGUUAGUUACGGACACUGUAGCAGACUAAAAGGUGGUACAAGAAUAUAAGCCGUUAUGCGGUAUCGGACACUUGAUUGUACAGUAUUAAGAUGAACAAAUGAUUUAAAGAUACAAUAUUUGGGGAGUUGCACCUUUGAAACUUACAGGAGGAGAUUUAUCAAAGGUUGGAGAGAGAUGAAGUGGAAUGUAAUAAAGCAGCAACCAAUCGGCUCCCGUCAUUUUUCAAACACAGCCUGUAACACGACAGGAGCUGAUUGGUUGGUAUUUUAUUGCUCUCCAAGGUUUGAAAAAUCUCCCCCACAAUCUCAAACAUAUAACUAGGAAAUGAUUGAAGGGAGAGUACAUUUCUUUGCACCUAUUUUCUGGUUAAAAAAUUAAAUUAAUGAUGGUGCCUCACCAAGUAUAGCUGCUACCCCCACGAGGCUGUAUAAUAUUUUGACUAUUUUUGAAAACGGGACCAACUUGUUAAAUUAGAAUUAUAUUUAGUCUUUUCUGGUCUUAAUUUAGUGACACCGGUAACGUGACGGAAGCUCAGGUUUAGACAUUUUAGAAAUGCAAUCAGCUGCCAAUGGAAUCUGUCUUUCGGGGGGAAAAAUUAAUUUAUAUGAUUAAAUUAUAGGUCAUUUUCUCAAUGAGCACUUGUAAUCUAAUUUGAAUUAAUUGAAUCAUAUCAAAGUCCUGUUUAUUUUGAACCACUGCAUGUACAUAACACGUCCUUCUUUAGGUGUAAAUCUGGCUGAGUUGUUGGUUUUAGACUGUAAUAAAAACAUUAAUUUAACUUUU